AUCCUCGCCUUCUACCCCUCUGAGCUAUUCCCUCUAUCCGGACGCUGUCUGAGCUACGCACACAAGCAGCAAGUGUAACAAGCCUGUCUCAUCACCAAGGCUCCCCGAAAACCAGGCAGCGCACCUCGAAGUGAAAUGGGCACUCCCACCACAUCCCGGAGAACAAGGCGCAAACCAGUUGACCGCAGACCAAAAUUGCUCUCGGAUUCGACCGACUCAGAGACGCCGAGCCUCAAUCUUCGCAAGCGCCGAGGUGCGCCGUUGCAAGCUGUCAAGAAUAAGCGCGCGAAGUUCGACGCCGACUCGAUAGUUGUCGACCAUUCUCGAGUAGCGCCCGAGCCCCAAGUAACCACCCAGGCACCUAAGCCUAAACCUUCGCGAUCUGGUAGUAAACUUACCCGCGAGGAACUUUUGCGCGAUGAUUCCAACGCCGAAGUUCUAGGACCAGAUCUUGUCAGGUGCCGCUUGUGCAAAGGAAAUAUUAAAUUCUCUAUUAAGGAUAGGCACGGGGUUUCGGUUUGGCGAAGACAUAUUGGACGAUGCCUGUUGGAACAAGUCGAUCGUAACGCAGAGGACAGUCAAGCCAACGACGCGAUCGGGCGUGUUAAACGCAGCGGCCGUCGCAUCAUACGAGUGUCACCAGGUUCUUCCCCACUCAAGCUUAAAAUUACUCUCGCUAACCAUGGGAAGUCUCAAACUCCCCGAGCGCAGAGCAAUUCAAGCGAUGCUGGUGGGCAAGUGACAAUGGAAGGCGGAGAGUGCCAUGAUAUAGAAGCGGAGCAAGCUACUUCGACUCCUUCUGAGCAACCUUUCCGGUGUGCCCCUCUACAUAGGAAAACGAUGUCCGCUGCGUCGACCGUUAGCGACACCAACAUCGAGACUCCGCUCGACGUUCACGGGGAGCUACCCGCAAUAGUUGUUGGACCUAGCUCCUCAAACAGCAAUGCAGAAGAAAUGGAAAGUGAUCACUUGGAACCCAAACUAUCUUAUCCGGAUGAAAGAUGGACAGACGGUCCGCAUAUGACUUCACCGGAACAGAUGGUCUUUCCUGAGAAGUUUGGGGAUCACGGAGACGCUGCGGCAUCAGUGCUCGAAGAACCUAUUUCCGGGAUCGACAAUGCUCGAAUUGGCGGCACGAGCGCUGCCGGUAACGAAAUCCCACUCAAAAGAGCGGUUGUGAAACCUGUCAACAUCGCAGAAUUCGGUAUUCCACAAUCACCACAGCCAUCAGUUUCCGAGUCCCCUCUUCCUGAUGAUCCAGCCUUGGAGUUCCCCGCUGCUUCUCAAAAUAACGCGCCCCUAUCUUCCCCUCAUCAAUCGUUAUCAGAGUCCUCCGCGUUACAGGUCCUCGGAAACUCCGAAGCGGAUGAAACUGACUUUUACCACCUCGAUUUCCUCUAUCCAGACUCGGAGCCGCCCAUUUGCUCAGGUGAACUUGAGUGCGAGCUACGGGAGGCUGGAUUAGGACCUGAGAACCUCUACAAUUACCACAGCUUCAUGGAGAGUGUGGCUCGCUUGGGACGUUCGCGGCUGCAGGACUUUCAGAAUACCGGGUUGAUGGUACCUGCAUAGAUGAGAUGACCGAUGUUCAGCUCCACCGUUCAGAUGGACUGUUGAUCUCCUUCCUCGAUGAAAUUAACAAUCGUUCGAUGCCGAAGGUCAGGUGGGAUUGUUUGUCGUAUACUAGUGAAUUCUCUCCACACAUGUUUUCCUCAGCCGCACUAGCUUGUUCUUUUGUCGUAUCUCACAGACAUCCAUCUUAUCUCGCCUACGUGUAUCUUCUUGUGUUUGACAUUGUUCGGAUAGUUCGCUGUGUCCGUCUGUACUGUUCUACGUCACUCUUGUACGGCUUUGUAUUUUG